AUGGAUGUCAACAGGAGACUGGCAACAUUAAGAGGGGAAGAGUUUGCCGCCGGGAUACCUGCUAUCCUCCAGGCAGCGCGUGAUGCGGACUCUGUUCAAGAUGGCGAUGUUUCAGAAGACGAGUUCUUCAAUAUCAUUAGGUUGCGUGCGAUGGAGCCCCCAGUCAUAGCAUCUCUCUCAUCCAUUCUCGAGUCGUCGAUUGAGGACGGCGAUUUUGCCUCACUUGAGAUGCACCAGCUCGUUUUCUAUUCCGUCGUUUCCAAACUAUCUCUCGAGCAAUUGCAAACUUAUCGACCCGCAAUAAAAACACUGAUAGGAUUUGAUGUAUCAUCUUUCAAGUCCCGGUCUAGUCACUAUGUGCAAACUAUCCAUCUGAUCAAUAACGCAAGGCUGCUGGACCGAUUUAUAGAGAAACCACAGGAUGUCUGGGUCCCCGAAAACAAAUUCGACCAAAUUUCUUACCGGACAUUGUGGGAGCGCGUGCAUACAGCGGAUCAAAUGAGACCGUACAUGCAUGAUCUGUUCAACUGGCAAGUAGACCCAUGUCAUCCGCCUUUCAACCCUUGCCGUGAACAACUGGCGCGGUUCCCCGUGGUUUCUGCUGCUGUUGCUGCCGAGGUUAUGAGUAUGGCAGUCAACGAUAUCGAGCAUCAGCACUACUUGAUUGGUUUUGUAUCAGAAUGUGUGCCUGUUGGCAGGGCCUGGUAUCCGAUGCGUCCUCCAGUAGAACAGAUGGUACGAGCGCUCGAAAGUAAAAGCAAAGAGCAGCUUGAAAAGGACGGCGAAGAGGAUUUUCUUGACGAAGCAAAGACAUGGUUAAAAGUUCUUGAGAAGUGGGAGAUAAAUAGUCAGUUUAUAGGUGUAGCUUAG